CACUGCGCAGCACCCUGAAAAAAUAUGCAAGAUCGGCGGCUCCCCAGAGGACGUCCCAAGCCCUACAGCACCAUGAUGGUCCUCCUCACCACCAUCUUCAUUACCAUCGCAUUCAUCGGCCUUUACGAAGCUCAGCAGUGGGCGUGGCAACAGCACCUCGUUUCGGCGGAUGACAACAGCAACAGGCAGCCGAGUGCGUCUGAUGACCCGCAGCCCCGUCAGCGGGAGCUUGCGCCCGUCGCAGCGGCGCCAGAGCCACCUGUGUCUGUGCACAAGACUGAUGAGCCGACGACCAGCUGUCUGCCCGUGGCAGUGCCAAAGCGGAUGUCGCUGGAGGAGAAGGAGGCCAUUGCAGACGCCUUCAUGAGCGUCGUGUCGACACGCGAGGCCUUUCCGCUGUUGCUCAACUAUCUGGGGAUGUACCGAAUCGGCACUGGCGGAGAGAUUGGCGUCUAUAAUGGGGUACGUUGAUUGACAUACACAGAUGGAUGGAUGGAUGGACUCACCUCGAUCUCUCUCUCUCUCUCUCUGUGUGUGUGUGUGUGUGUGUGUGUGUGUGUUUGGAAUGGCAUGGGCAGGAGUUUUCCGACAGGCUGCUGAGGCUAUCUAGCCCGAAGCGCUAUCACAUGAUAGAGCCGAAGGCGAAGCGGUUCUUUGAGGUCAGACGGGAGUUGCUGCAGGGGGAGAGGAGUUUUGACAUCUCCUGGCACAGAAAUUACUCGCAAGAGGCGGCCUCUCUGUUCGACGACGGUUACUUCGACUUCCUCUAUGUCGACGGCUCACACUCACACGACGAUGUGCUGCGCGACCUGCACCUCUACUACCCAAAGAUGAGAAAGGGAGCCAUCCUGGCUGGCCAUGACUUUUGCGGCAAGCGCUCCAAGCAGCUGGUCAACGUGGGCGGCAAGAAAAGGAAGAUACCGUGGUGCGGCGAGUACGACACGUUGCAUCAAGACCUGACGAGGAAACAUGCGACGGGGGGGCGGCAGAAGAGGAGCAUGAGUGGGUGUGCCAAGGCGGUCUUAUCGUUCUUUCAUGGUCUCAACAUCACAGUGCAUUUCACGAGGGAAGACAGGCCAGCGCUGGACCCCUUGAGUCAAGACCCCCACAGCCCCAUCCCCCAUUUGAACCCCUCGUGGUGGUGUCUAGUCAGGUGACUGACAUACACACGUGUGCGUCUGUCUGCCGGUGUGUUGUGGUGCCUGUGUGUCUGUGUGUCUGUGUG